GCGUGGGGUUACCAUGGGCAACGAUCAACCAAAUUUUUCUGUUUUUUUUUUGAUCGAUUCAAUUUUUGUUUCCUUUGCUUCACUUAAUGUAUUCACUUUUAAUUAAUUAAUCACUGAACUUAAUUUGUAUUUAGACUUUAAUUGGUGUUGAUUGAUUUUAAUUCACCUGGUGUAUUAGCAAAUUACUUAGCUGAUGGAAUAUGGAAGCUUUAAUUCCUGUGAUUAAUAAACUACAAGAUGUUUUCAAUACAAUUGGAAGUGAUACAAUCCAAUUACCACAAAUUGUUGUUGUUGGUAAUCAAUCCUCUGGUAAAUCGUCUGUCAUUGAAUCAUUGGUAGGCAAAGAUUUUCUUCCUCGUGGUCCAGGAAUUGUUACCCGACGACCAUUGAUCCUUCAAUUGACCAAUGUUCCUUUGGAUGAUAAAGUACAAAGAUCGGUUGAGGAGGGAACCUUAGGUCUUGAAGAAUGGGCCAGAUUUUUACACACCAAAAAUCGAGUGUAUUCCAAUUUUGAUGAGGUUAGGAUUGAAAUAGAAGCUGAAACUGAUCGAAUGUCUGGUUCCAAUAAGGGAAUUUGUCCUGAGCCGAUUAACCUGAAGAUUUAUUCUCCUCGAGUGGUUAAUUUAACACUUGUUGAUUUACCUGGUAUAACCAAAGUUCCAGUUGGUGAUCAACCUGCCGACAUUGAAAUGCAAAUCAAAGAGCUACUGUCCAAAUACAUUGCAAAUCCAAAUUCAAUUAUACUUGCAGUUACUGCUGCAAAUACAGAUUUUGCCACUUCCGAAGCUCUCAAAUUUGCUCGGGAUGUUGACCCAGACGGAAGAAGGACUUUAGCGGUGAUCACUAAGCUUGAUCUUAUGGACGCUGGAACAGAUGCUGUUGAUGUUCUUAUGGGUCGAGUCAUUCCGGUUAAAUUAGGAAUCAUCGGUGUUGUAAAUCGUAGUCAAGCUGAUAUAUUGUCGAAAAAAUCAAUUGAAGAGGCUUUGAAAGAUGAGCAACUUUUCUUACAGAAAAAGUAUCCCACUCUAGCUACUCGAAAUGGAACUGCUUAUCUUGCCAAAACUCUGAACAGAUUAUUGAUGCAUCAUAUUCGUGAUUGUCUACCUGAUCUGAAGACUCGGGUCUCAGUGAUGAUUUCACAAUUCCAAACUCUUUUAAAUUCAUAUGGUGAUGCGGUUGUCGACCAAGGGCAAACUCUUUUACAAAUUAUUACACGUUUUGCUUCAGCUUAUUGCUCAGCGAUUGAAGGUACUGCAAGAGAUAUUGAAACAUCUAAAUUGUCUGGAGGUGCUCGUAUUUGUUAUGUUUUCCAUGAAGUAUUCAGUAAACGUCUUGAUGCUGUUGAUCCUCUUGAAGGAUUAACCUAUCGAGACAUAUUAACAGCCAUUCAAAAUGCUACUGGACCUCGACCAGCUCUUUUCGUGCCCGAGGUUAGUUUUGAUCUACUUGUGAAAAGACAAAUUCGCCGUCUCGAGGAACCAAGUUUAAAAUGCGUUGAUUUGGUUCACGAAGAAAUGGUUGCAAUUAUUCAACAUUGUGACUUUGAAAUUCAACAAGAAUUGCUUCGAUUUCCUAAACUCCAUGAAAAAAUAAUCGACGUUGUCACACAGCUUUUAAGACGUCGAUUACCACCGACCAACUCAAUGGUCCACAAUUUAGUAUUCGUAGAAUUGGCUUACAUUAACACAAGACACCCUGAUUUCCAUGAAGCUCAAUUGAUUGGAACUCUAAUGAAAAAUGCAGAAAUUGAUCAGAAGAAAAAAUAUUCACCAAGUAAUGCAAUUCUAUCCUCAGAAGAUGGAUCAGCUGUUGGUAGUUCCAGUGAAUUAGUUAAAACGAAACCAGGAUCAUCGUUAUCACUUAAACUUGAUGCGAACACCAUUUGGUCAGUUUCAAAUAAAAAAGCUCCCACUGGACAAUUAGAAGCGGGUGAUAAUAUGAAUGAUCUAGACAGAUUAGGUGAUUCAAGUGGACCCAGUAGUUUACCCAAUUCGGCUGUUCCAAUUUAUAGAAAGUCUCAAAAUCAUCAACUUACUAAACCAGUUAACCUUUUACCCGAUGUACCAGCAAGCAGGGAAGUUAAAUUAACAUCCAAAGAGCAAAGGGAUUGUACAGUUAUUGAGAAAUUAAUUAGAUCUUAUUUUUUAAUUGUUCGUAAAAACAUUCAAGACUCGGUACCAAAGGCAAUCAUGUAUUUCCUUGUUAAUUUUGUUAAAGAUAAUUUACAAUCCGAAUUGGUAACUCAUCUUUACAAGAAGGAAGAUUUUGAUGAUCUACUUUCAGAAUCUGAACAUAUUGCCGUUCGUCGUAGAGAAGCAACCGAAAUGUUAAAAGCAUUACAAAAGGCUAACAUGAUAAUUAGUGAAAUUAGAGAAACACAUAUUUGGUAAAUUGUUGUUAAUCAAAUUACAAAUUGAAAGCCCAAUUGACAAAACAAAAACAUAAACACACAAACAAACAAACA